AUGACAGGACGACUUCAAGGGAAGACAGCGAUCGUGACUGGCGGUGCAUCAGGCUUUGGCAAAGGCAUCGCUACCAAGUUUAUCGCUGAAGGCGCCAACGUCGUCAUCACUGAUCUCAAUGAGCAACACGGCCAGGCUGUCGCUCAAGAACUCAACUGUGUUUUUUCACGUGCUGAUGCUACGAGUCCAGAUGAUUGGCGUCAUGUUCUUGAAUUUACUCUGGAAAAGUUCAACCAGCUCGACAUUGUGGUCAACAAUGCUGGCGCUGCAUAUCCAAAGAAGCCCACUGAGCAGGUCACUGACAAAGACUUUGAUCUCGUCAUGAACGUCAACGUCAAGAGUGUUUAUCACUCAACCAAUGUACUUCUGCCUUAUUUUCUUGGUGGCGGCCGACCUGGAUGUUUUAUCCAGGUUGCUUCGACGGCUGGCAUCAGACCGAGGCCAGAGCUGACAUGGUACAAUGCUUCCAAGGCGGCUGUCAUCAAUGCUACCAAGACCAUGGCUGUUGAGUAUGGACCCAAAAAGAUUCGCUUCAAUUCUGUCUCUCCCGUUGUUGGAAGCACUGGCAUGACACAUCUUUUUAUCGGAAAGCCGGAUACCGAAGAGAACAGGGCGGGUUUUGUUUCCACUAUUCCCAUCGGCAGACCAUCCACGCCAAGCGACGUUGCCAAUGCUUGCUGUUAUCUAGCUAGUGAUGAGGCUGCAUUUAUAACUGGUGUUGACUUAGAGGUUGAUGGAGGCCGAUGUGUGUAG